UUAAUGUGUUGAUUUUUCUAGUAGAUUUUACACACAGAGCUCCAUAAUCAUCUGCAAGUGUGAUUAAAGUGAAAAAUGGCUGCAAAAGGUGGAAGGAAGAAUCUGAAGAGGGCUGUUAAUGAUGAGACCUUAAGUCUUCAACCAGGACAAAGCAUUAUGCAAGUUGUUUCACUUCGAGGCUCCAAUCUAAUUGAGAUAAUUGAUGCCAAAGGAGACAAAGCUUUGGCGAUUUUUCCAGCUAAAUUUCAGAAAAGCAUGUGGAUAAAACGAGGUAGUUUUGUGGUGGUUGAUGAUAGUGGAAGAGAAGAGGCUGUUGAGUCUGGAAGAAAAGUGGCUUGUGUUGUUCUUCAAGUCCUUUUUCAUAAACAAGUUAGAGUGUUACAAAAGUCUGCAGAAUGGCCAGAAAUAUUUAAAAUAGUGAUAAUGGACACCUCUAAUGGAAAUUCGGAGAAAAGCACACAGGAAAAUGAGGAGUUGGAGUCUAGCGAAGAUGAUGGGAUGCCCCCAUUGGAAGCCAACACAAACAGAAGACCUGCAGAAUUGCGCUCAGAUACAGAGUCUGAUUCUGAGAUAGAAGAUUCAUAA